AUGCUUUCGGUCUCUUGGAAACGCUCUCUUCAGGUGCCCCGUCGCUGGUAUUCGAAAGGAUCUGCACAAGAGCUGGUCGACAAAUUCUGGACCAAAAUUUCCGUCGAUGAAACCCCCACACACCGAGCUGUAACGCUAGAAGGUAAACCGCUCAAGACCCCUGGCGGGAGUCCAUUGCUUAUUCCUAACACCAAGCCUGCUUUCUUGUCUCAUUUGAUUGCCCAGGAAUGGCAGGUAAUGCCUACUUUGCAGCUCAAAGCACACCAUGUCCCACUCACGUCUCUGGCCAGUCGAGCCAUUGAUUUUUCUGAGGAAGAGCGUGCUAUUGUCGCGGAAAAGCUCCUACCGUACCUUGAUACCGAUACGCUUCUCGUUCUUGCCCCCAUAAAAGACUGUGAGGGUCGUUUGCGGAAAGUUCAAAUUGAGAAGUUCGGUCCGGUGGUUGAAGACGCCUGCAAGGUCUGGAACAUCCCCAAACUCAACUACCUGGAUACUGAAACUCAGCUUUUUGGUAAUUACCAGACCCCUGAGGCCAAGGAAAAAGUCAUGGCUUGGAUGAGAUCGCUCGAUGAUUGGAAAUUUGCCUCCCUUGAACGAGCGACCACUGCAGCUCGCUCUCUUAUUGUCGGCAUGAACAUAGUUUUGCACCGCAGACCUGUUGCAGAGCUGGCCCACUUGGCCAAUCUAGAGGUCUUCCAUCAGACCGAAAUUUGGGGAGAGGUCGAGGACACUCACGAUGUCGACCACGAAGAUAUCCGACGCCUUCUUGGUGCGUCUUACAUUAACGCAUUGGAUUAG